UAUCAUCGUCUCGAACGGGACGCAAAGAAGAAAUCCCAAAGCCAUGGAUUCGCAGGAGAAGGUGAAGAAGUCCCUCGAGGCCGCCGGCGAGGAGAUCGUCUCCACGGCCACACUCAACUCCUUGCCUCCCCGCUUCUACGAUGCCUUCAUCGUCAAAGGUCUCCGCAUAGACGCCAUCGAGCAUGGCCGCGUCCUCUGCUCCAUGACCGUCCCUCCCCGCCUACUCAAUACGGGGAAUUUCCUGCACGGGGGCGCAACGGCGUCGCUGGUUGAUAUCGUGGGAUCGGCGGCUUUCUAUAGUGUUGGGGUGGUGAGCAGUGGUGUCUCCCUUGAGAUCAGUAUCUCUUAUCUCGACUCCGCUUUCGUCAAUGAAGAGAUUGAGAUUGAAGCCAAGGUUUUGCGAGCUGGAAAGGCCGUCGGAGUUUCCACAGUGGAGAUCCGAAAGAAGAAGACCGGAAAGUUAAUAGCUCAGGGCCGGCAUACCAAGUAUCUCGCUGCAAGCAGCAAGCUAUGAGUCUGAACUAUAUACUGUAUGAAUAACUCAUCCUCCAGCAGAAGCCUUUCCAAUGAUCUGCAGAAGGCUUUAGAUACUACACAAUUUACCAUUUACUACUUACCAUUUGAAAUGAUUUCGGAUCAUGAUCUAGAACCAUUGUGAUGUAUGUUGUUACGGAGUUUGUGAUGAAUAUCAUGUAUGCAAGGAUUACUGAAUUAUUGUCGAUGAUUAUAAUAUAUAUAUUGCUUGUAAAGUUUCUCCA